AUGUUACGCGAGAAAGAUCAAAUAAUCGAGGAUGAUACCGUCGCAGUAUUCGUCGCCCUCUUCGCCGUGGCUUUGGCCGCACCCCAAUUGAACAACCAAUACCAAUCCAAUGUCCACCCAAGCGACAAAGACGCCGUCGUCGUGAAGGAAAACCACCACGAAAACAUCGGUGUCGGCAACUACGGAUACUCGUUCGAGCUUAGCAACGGACACGGACGCCAAGAACAAGCUGAAUUCGUCGCCCCACGCAGCGCCGACGAGGAAGGUUUCUACCGCGUCACCGGCUCCUUCAGCUAUGUCGACCCAGCCACCGGCCAGAGCUACACCGUCAACUACGUCGCUGACGAGAACGGUUUCCAGCCCACCGGCGCUCACUUGCCACAAUAA